GACUCUAUAUUUUGAGAAGAAUUCUCAGAUCAUUGAUAGACUCAAGAUCUAGAAUUAUUUAUCCGCUGUUUAUUAUUUUCGCUACAGCCCACCAAGUCACGCUGCAUCAAGAUGUCAAUAGGCAAGCAUUAUCUGUUAGAUUGAAAUGUUGUGAAUGAUAAGAAGUUAUUCACAUGUGUGCUUAUUAUUGAGCAUCUUUUAGCUAGUAAGUGCUUCCACUGAAGUACUUUCUGGAAGCUUUUACAGAUUAGCAACAUGAUCAUGUUUGAGAAUUUCUGCAAAAUAUGUCCUUAUCUCUAGUAUUUGAAGUCACAAUUCAGAGUGUGAAGCCUUUCCUCAAUAUUACAUGUUUCAGCAUUUAUUGGCGUAAGCCUUGACUAUUGGAACCUUCCUAUAUCAAGCAAGUCUGUAUAUCAGUAAAGCUUUACUCAGAAAGAUGGGACGAAUAGAUUGCCUAUAUGAUUUAUAUGCCAAUCAAUCUAUAGGCCUGAUUGAUCCGGAAGGAAUUGAAGCACUUUGUUCUGAUGUGGGAGUGGGCCAUACUGAUGUUAGGAUCUUGAUGCUUGCUUGGAAGAUGAAAGCUGAAAGGCAGGGUUAUUUUUCUAAGGAUGAGUGGCGAACUGGCCUGACAGCUCUAAAUGUCAACAGUCUGGACAAAUUAAAGAAAGCACUUCCAGCACUUGAGAAAGAGGUGAUGAAGCCAUCAAACUUCGUGGAUUUCUAUGCUUAUGCGUUUCAAUACUGCCUAACAGAAGAGAAGCAAAGGUUUGUAGACGUUGAGACCUUUUGUCAAUUGCUGAAUCUUGUUCUGGGUUCCAAAUUUCCUGCUCAGGUUGAUUCAAUAACUGAAUAUCUAAAGCUCCAGAGUGAUUAUCAGAUGCUAAGCAUGGACCAAUGGAUGAACUUCUAUCGUUUUUGCUGUGACAUAAGUUUUCCAGACCUUCAACAAUAUGACCCCCUUGAAUCUUGGGCCGUGAUUGUUGAUAAUUUUGUUGAAUGGUUGAGAAAAAAGCAAAGCUAAUUUCAGUACCUUUGGCCAUAGAGGCUAAUGCCGAUAAUAAUGGACUUUACAAAAAUUUAAGUAGGAAUUGUAUCUAACAAUCAAUUGAUGCUGACAACAUUACUGAAGUCAUUUCUCAUGUCAAAAAGCCUCACUGUUGGUGGUCUGGACUCUGGAGAUGCUUCAGGCAUUCUUAUUAUAUUGCUCAAGUUUUGCGGUUUUGUUUUUGUAAACCCUAAUAUUUUACCACUAUAGCUAGGGUUUUCCCCUUGACCCUGUUGACUGGUCAAUGAUUUUUUUGAGUUAGAAAUGAGUUUAUACGCGAAUUCAGACGAGUACUUUCUAUCUUUUGAUUUCAUUUAUGUGAUAAAUCAGCAUGAUUUUUUUUA